UUCUUCACCCUCCCCCCACCUCUUAAUGCGGAGCGGAGAGUUCUCCCCGCGAUACCUUUUGCAGCAAGCAGAGGUGGGGGGAGGGGAUCGAAAGGAGGAAGAAGGGGCGUGGCUUGCGCGCUGAAGUCAGCACGGCGGCUGCGAGGGGGCGGAGGAAUAUAUAAAGGCCCGGGUCGAACUGGGGGUGUUUCAGUUAGAGAAGCGAUUCUAAGACGGAGGAGGGAGAACUGUUGUAGGCGAGGCGUAUAUUACUUCUAGUGAAUUCGAGUUUCUCUACGCGGAGCGGGACCUCCCGGAACGAUCUCUCGUUAUGAGUCAUGUGGCAGUGGAAAAUGCCCUCGGUCUAGAUCAGCAGUUUGCUGGUCUAGACUUGAAUUCCUCAGACUCUCAGAGUGGAGGAGGAACAGCAAGUAAAGGCCGGUACAUUCCUCCUCAUUUGCGAAAUAGAGAAGCUUCAAAGCAGGCAUACAAUAUCCAUAACUAUACAGCAAACUACUAUUCCAAUUCGAUGCCACCACCAAGAAGCUAUUCCCCCAGCUGGGACUCUCGUGGAGGUAAUGGCUAUAUGAAUGGAUAUGAUCGUGACAGCCGGAUGAAUGGCUACGAUCGUGAUCGCGGUGUGUUUGGAUCCAGAGGAGGAUCUGGACGUGAUGACAGAGGAUUUGAUGGUGGAUGGAAUGCUGCCAGAGACAGGGAUGCAUAUAGUAGCUUUGGUGCAAGAAGUGAACGUGGAUCAGGAAAAUCAAGUUUCUUUACUGACCGUGGCAAUGGCUCAAGAGGAAGAUUUGAUGAUCGUGGUGGAAGAUGCAGUAGUGAUUUUGAUGGUAUUGGGAGUCGUGGUGAUAGGAGUUGCUUUGGUCGAUUUGAUCGUGGUGGAAACAGUCGUUGGUGUGAUAAAAAUGAUGAAGAUGAUUGGUCAAAACCACUUGCCCCAAGUGAACGUGUGGAACAGGAGCUGUUCUCUGGGGGGAAUACAGGCAUUAACUUUGAAAAAUAUGAUGACAUUCCAGUUGAGGCAACAGGCAACAACUGUCCUCCACACAUUGAAAGUUUUAGCGAUGUUGACAUGGGGGAAAUUAUCAUGGGGAACAUCGAACUCACCCGCUACACUCGACCUACUCCUGUUCAGAAAUAUGCUAUUCCUAUCAUCAAAGACAAAAGAGAUCUGAUGGCUUGUGCCCAGACAGGUUCUGGGAAAACUGCUGCAUUUCUUUUGCCCAUAUUGAGCCAGAUAUAUACAGAUGGUCCAGGUGAUGCUUUGAGAGCCAUGAAGGAAAAUGGAAGAUAUGGGCGUCGUAAACAAUACCCAAUUUCAUUAGUUUUGGCUCCAACAAGAGAAUUGGCAGUGCAGAUAUAUGAAGAAGCUAGAAAGUUUGCCUAUCGUUCCAAAGUCCGUCCUUGUGUUGUAUAUGGUGGUGCUGACAUUGGCCAACAGAUACGUGACUUAGAACGUGGUUGCCAUUUGCUUGUGGCAACUCCAGGCCGCCUUGUAGACAUGAUGGAGAGGGGAAAGAUAGGCCUAGACUUCUGCAAAUACUUGGUUUUGGAUGAAGCUGAUCGUAUGCUUGACAUGGGUUUUGAGCCUCAGAUUCGUCGUAUUGUUGAACAAGAUACUAUGCCACCAAAGGGUGUCCGUCAGACAAUGAUGUUUAGUGCUACUUUUCCAAAGGAAAUUCAGAUGCUUGCUCGUGAUUUCUUGGAGGAAUAUAUUUUUCUGGCUGUUGGCCGAGUUGGCUCUACAUCUGAGAACAUCACACAGAAAGUAGUCUGGGUGGAAGAGUCAGACAAAAGGUCAUUUCUGCUUGAUCUCUUGAAUGCCACAGGCAAGGAUUCUUUGACUCUGGUGUUUGUAGAGACUAAAAAAGGAGCUGAUUCUCUGGAGGAUUUCCUGUACCAUGAAGGAUAUGCUUGCACCAGUAUCCAUGGUGAUCGUUCUCAGCGAGAUAGAGAAGAGGCGUUACAUCAGUUCCGCUCUGGCAGAAGUCCCAUCUUAGUUGCCACUGCAGUAGCAGCACGAGGACUGGAUAUUUCCAAUGUUAAACAUGUCAUAAAUUUUGAUUUGCCAAGUGACAUAGAAGAAUACGUGCAUCGCAUUGGCCGUACGGGCCGUGUAGGAAACCUUGGUCUUGCCACAUCAUUUUUUAAUGAGAGGAACAUAAAUAUCACAAAAGACUUGUUAGAUCUACUUGUUGAAGCUAAACAGGAAGUACCAUCUUGGCUAGAAAACAUGGCAUAUGAGCAACAUCAUAAGGGCGGAAGCAGUCGUGGACGUUCCAAAGGUCGCUUCAGUGGAGGCUUUGGUGCCAGAGAUUAUCGAACAAGCAGCAGCAGCAGCGGUGGGAGCAGUAGUUUUGGCAGCAGUCGUGCAAGUAGUGGUCGCAGUGGUGGUGGUGGUGGUGGUCACGGAGGUAGCAGAGGAUUUGGAGGUGGCUAUGGCGGCAUCUAUAACAGUGAUGGAUAUGGAGGAAACUAUAACUCUCAGGGGGUAGAUUGGUGGGGCAACUGAUCUGCUUGCUGCAGAUUCUUACCAAACAAGCUAAUAUGGAAACCACAUGUAACUUAGCCAGACUAUACCUUGUGUAGCUUCAAGAACUCGCAGUACAUUACCAGCUGUGAUUCUCCACUGAAUUUUUUUUAAGGGAGCUCAAGGUCACAAGAAGGAAAGGAACAGAAGCCCUACUUUGAAGAAGGUUUAAAGACUCCAUUGUAGUCAGGAUUAACUCCUUUACCCAACCCCACUCCCACUCCUAAACUGUAUUUAUAAUUUUGUGACUGAGGAUCAUUUGUUAAUGUACUGUGCCUUUAACUUUAGACAACUUUUUAUUUUGAUGUCCUGUUGGCUCAGUAAUGCCCAAGAUUAUCAAUUGUCUUUGCAAAAUUAUUCAACUUGGGCUUUAUAAAAAUCAAACCUUGGCACACAGGUGUGAUACAACAUACAGGAAUCAUUGAUUCAUCCACUUUAUCUGCAAAAACAAAAGAAAAAAGAAAACUUGUGCGGUGGCCUACAUUAGGGCUUUGAUACUUGGAGAUUUGAAAAAUAAAACAUCUUGAAGCAUAUCAAUGGAAUUAGUUUCUAAUGUGGCAAAACUGUACAAAGUUAAAGUUGAUUUGCUCACUCUAUCCUGGAUAGGUACUUCGAACCUGAUUGUCUUUAAAAAGCCAUUCCAGUCCUGAUAAUGAGGUGGUGUAUGGAUUGCAUGCAUACAAGCACUGUUUUAAAAGUAAAUGCAAGUAAACACAGCAAUUCCAGUGUUUAGGCAGAUUAUUAAUGUGAGCUAGCCAAUAGAAGGCGGAACAUUACAGGGAAUGUUUAAAGGUCUGAACUUGAAAUAGUUUUUAGGAGAAUUCAUCUACUUAAGACGAUUCAAAAUUGCCUGCCAUAUUAAGUUGAAAUGGUAGAAUGGCUGACCAUAACAGUGAAGGUCCGUUUUUUAAAAGGGCCUGACUGAUUUUUUUGGUCUUAACGCAUGCUAGUGUUGAUGUUUUUUGGUCAAGGGGGAAUGAACAGGAAGAAUUAUGCAGCAGGCUUUAUUUUAAUGCAGAUUCACAUUACUCUGUUCAAGCUGCGUUGAAGUGUUAACUGGCUUACUGUAGACUUGUAAAAUGGCUCCAGAAGAGUAACAAAUUCUGAGAUCACAAAGGUUGGAAUGUACAUAACUGCACAAGGUUCAAUUCUGCUAUCAAGUGCAGUUUUAGUCAGUUUUAGUUGCAUAGGUUUCCAUUGUAUUUAGUCUUGUUAAUGCUGAUCUGGCCAAAGAUGAGUAUUUCCAACAGUAAAAGGCCUCUGUCACUUAGUGUCUCUGAGAUAACGUCUGUUGCCAGAGCUAUUACCAACUCUUUCUUUAAGUGGCAUAGGACAACAGCAAAAUCUCCUAAAGUGCAAUAGAUCUUUUCAAGUGUAUUGUGCCUUGUACUAAACUUUAAGUAGGUGCACUUGACAGUAUUUGAAGUCAUUUGUUAUGGUGCUAUUUCAAUUAGUCUAGAUUUAGGCCCUUGUACAUUUGCCCAUAACUUUUUACAAAAUACUUCUUUUAUUGCACAUUCAGAGAAUUUUAUAUGUCUUGUGUGCGUGUCCUUAACUUCCAAUCUUAUUUUGUCUCUUGGGAGACUGAACGCAGCUUGGCUAAGGAGAAGGAACUAGAUUCUAAAACUGGGACCAUGGGAAUAAUGGUUGGGAAGAAAACUAUUUGCACACGACAGAUUUCUAGAUACUUUUUGCUGCUAGUUUUGUGUAAUAUUUAUUGAACAUUUUUGACAAAUAUUUAUUUUUGUAAGCCUAAAAGUGAUUCUUUGAAAGUUUAAAGAAACUUGACCAAAAGACAGUACAAAAACACUGGCACUUGAAUGUUGAAUGUCACCGUAUGCGUGAAAUUAUAUAUUUCGGGGUAGUGUGAGCUUUUAAUGUUUAAGUCAUAUUAAACUCUUAAGUCAAAUUAAGCAGACCCGGCAUUAGCAGUGUAGCCAUAACUUUCUGAUAGUAAAACAAAAAUUGGCAACUUUAAAAUUAAACAUGCCAAGGUUUUGAUACACUUGUCUUAAGAUAUUAAUGAAACACUUCAAAACACUGAUGUGAAGUGUCCAGAUUCUCAGAUGUUCGUUGCGUGAGUUUUUGUUUAGUUGUGUGUUUUUUUUUUCAGUGAAUGUCUGGCACAUUGCAAUCCUCAAACAUGUGGUUAUCUUUGUUGUAUUGGCAUAAUCAGUGACUUGUACAUUCAGCAAUAGCAUUUUAGUGAGUUUUACAACCAGCAAUAUUCUUCAGUUGUGAUAAAGAUUCAGUCAUAUGCAAAGAAUGGGUUUAAACUUGCUGAGUGUAAACAAUAUGAAUGUCAGGUCACUGUAGGUUUAGUAAUUGCUUAUUGUAUUAGUUUAGAUGCUAGCACUGCAUGUGCUGUGCAUUACUCAGUUUUAAUAAAAUAAAAAGUUGAAAUGCA